AUGAAGGAAAUUGCUGUUAAACGUCUUUCUAGCAGCUCUGGACAGGGGACAGAAGAGUUCAUGAAUGAAAUACAACUCAUCUCAAAACUACAACACAGAAACUUGGUUCGGCUUUUGGGAUGCUGCAUUGAUGGAGAAGAAAAGUUACUAGUUUAUGAGUUUUUGGUGAACAAAAGUCUCGACACUUUCCUCUUUGAUUUGAGGUUAAAGCUUCAGAUUGACUGGCCUAAGAGGUUCAACAUCAUUCAAGGUGUUGCACGUGGGCUUCUCUAUCUCCAUCGUGACUCAUGCCUUAGGGUCAUACAUCGAGAUAUGAAGGUCAGCAACAUUCUUUUGGACGAAAACAUGAACCCGAAAAUAUCAGAUUUUGGAUUGGCCCGGAUGUUUCAAGGAACUCAACAUCAAGUCAACACUCGAAGAGUUGUUGGAACUAUAGGAUACAUGUCUCCCGAGUAUGCAUGGACAGGGACGUUCUCAGAGAAGUCCGACAUCUAUGCUUUUGGAGUUCUGCAGUUAGAAAUCAUAAGCGGGAAGAAGAUUUCAAGCUAUAGCUGUGGAGAGGAAGGCAAAAACCUUGUUGAAUACGCAUGGGACUCUUGGUGCAAGAAUGGUGGAGUGGAUCUAUUAGAUCAAGACAUUUCAGCCUCGUGUUCUCCAGCUGAAGUUGCUAGAUGUGUUCAUAUUGGUCUGCUCUGCAUCCAACAACAAGCUAUUGACAGACCAAACAUUGCAAAAGUAGUAUCUAUGAUCACGACUGCAGUAGAUCUACCGAGACCUAAGAAACCAGUGUUUGCAUUGCAUGUUCGAAACCAAGAGAGUGGUGUGUCAGUACCAGUGUCUGUGAAUGAUUUAACACAAACUGCAAUAUAUGGGAGAUAA